CUAUCAUCUCCCUACUCUAUUACUAUUCCCUUGGCGGGAACGUUAACGUUUGAAUAAAAACUAACCUACAAUAUUGUAAAUUUGUAAAACCGUUUAUUGAGUGUGAAUUUGCAUUCGUUUGUUUUGAUUAUUUUUUCGUUAUGGCUGGGAAUACGUGUGUUCCCAAUCCAGAGCGGAAACUUGUGGCAGAUAUCUACGAUUUUUACAGAACUCCAUUGAUCACUGAAAAAGAUCUGAAGAAUCCCACCAAAGCACAGAUUACCAAAUUCUAUAGUAUGGUGCUAUCAGAGUUUGGAAUUGAUGUCACUCAAGUUGUGCAACCUCAAAUGAAGCAAGUGGACCAUUUGGGAGGGAACUUUGAGAUUUUUUCUGAACAUAUUCCGGUUCUAAACUUGGUUGAAGCAAUUAAAUGUCUUCAGAUACCUGGAUUCCACGAUUUCAGUGUAAUGCAUCUUAUAAACCCAAUGCCAAAAUCGACCUUCAAAUACAUGCGUCUGAUGAUGAAUUUCCUGCUGUUUGCUGAUCAUUCCUUGGUGUCCCUUCGCCAGGUGUUUCGCCGCGUAGCUGAUUCCAGAAUAAAGCGUGACAACUUGCUUGAAGCGAGAAAUAAAUUGAAGGAAGACAUCAGCCAGAGAGCUAAGCAAAAAAAAACCGAGGAGAGCAGGCUUUCCAAUAUUGAUUCUCAAAUAGAUAACAAGAUUGCCUCCCUGAGUGAAUUGAACGAGGAAAAAGAGAAAUGGCAGGAACAGUGUGACAAAGUCAAGGCAGAACUCACUAAGAUCACCGAAGUUCGUGACAAGCAAUACAAUGAAACGCAUAUGAUUGAAAAUGAUUUGAAAGAAUUUCAGAAGAGGCUAAAAGUUCACAAAAAUGUCCACAACACAUCGACUGGCUCUUCCCAGCAUUUGAGUUUGGAAACACUCAAAAUGAAAGCCAGUAAUUUGAAAGAGCAGAAAUCUGAAUUACAGCAGCAACUCACUACUCGUCAAGUAGAACUAGAUUUCAAAUUGAAAUUCCAGAGUGAAUACCCUUUUUUGAAAUCAAAGCUUGAAGAAGUAGUUGAUCUUCUUCAACAAAAAAGGUUGGUAACAAACAAACAAACGCAGUUGGCUCAGGAAUUGUCUACAAUUGAAGAUAAUGUGAAAUUGUUGGAGUCGCAAGCAACCAAUUCCACUUCUGAAUUGGAUAAGAGUGAAGAGAAUUUGAACGGUUUGCGACUGAAAUGGUCUUUGGAAGAAUCAUCAUUGAAGGAAGCUUUAAAUGAGAAUCAUUGUAAAAACAAAUCUGUUUAUAAAAAAUAUAAUGAAUUGAUGGCGCAAAGAGUUGAAUUGGAUAAUGAGUUGGAGUUUCUAGACAAAAAAUUAAAAGAAAAUGAAAAGAAAUUCAAGGUUAUCACAGAUACAUGCAUUGAAUACUAUGAAGCGGAUCGGUUAAAGCUCAAAGAGUGCAAAAAGGCAUUGUUAGAGAAACUAGAAACUGGGAACCUUACGGCUGAAAACAUGAAGUCUUCCAUUUAAUAUUAGACUUGUAAAAUGUUCACAUAUGUAUUUUUGACAAAUAUUAUUUUUAUUAUUAUUCUAUCAUGAUGUCUAGAAUAGUGACUAAUAGAUUCAUGCAUUUUUAAUAAUUUUUCUUAAGUACGAUAGCCAUUAUUGUUGUCUUGCAGUUAACUGGCUUAAACAACCAUUAACCAAUUUAUUCAUAAAUAUAUAAAUGAUUUUAAUUGUU